AUGCUGACUCAAGCUGAGAAGGCCGCUGUGGUCACCAUCUGGACAAAGGCGGCCAACCAAGCUGAUGCCAUUGGGGCCGAGUCACUGGAGAGGCUUUUCUCCAGCUAUCCCCAGACGAAAACCUACUUCCCUCAUUUCGAUCUCAGCCAAGGCUCUGCUCAGCUUCGUGGUCAUGGCUCCAAGGUCAUGAACGCUGUUGGGGAAGCUGUGAAGAACAUCGAUGACAUUAGAGGCACUUUGGCCAAACUCAGUGAGCUGCAUGCUUACAUCCUUCGGGUGGACCCAGUGAACUUCAAGCUGCUUUCCCACUGUAUCCUGUGCUCUAUUGCUGCCCGCUAUCCCACUGACUUCACCCCUGAGGUUCAUGCUGCGUGGGACAAGUUCCUGUCCAGUGUUUCCUUUGUUCUGACUGAGAAGUACAGAUAAAUGACCUUCACAGAGGGUGAGGGAUGCAUGUCCAUGGCAUGCCACAGCUGCCAAGCUCU